CGCAAUGCUUGAAAGGAUCUAGACAUCCUUGUGAUCCAUGCACUUAGAUCUGUUCGAAUACCAACAUGACACACGCUAUCAAGUACCUAUUUGUUCUCUCGCAUGUUUCCUCCCUAAUUCUCAGCGAAGGUGUGAAAGAAAGCUCGACAAAUUUUCCUGUUAUUGAACUCGAAGCUGGGCAAGUUCGUGGCAAACGAGAUUCUGUCGCCAAAGGUCAAGAUAUAGACUUGUUUAUCGGCAUACCUUAUGCUCAGCCACCAACAGGAGAGCUAAGAUUUGCUGCUCCACAGCCAGCUAAACCAUGGAAGGGAAUACUAAAUGCCACCGAAUAUGGGGCUCAAUGUCCUCAAGAAGAAACUAUAGGAAGGGGCAUUCUUGCUGGUACAAAAAGUGAAGAUUGUCUCUUUCUGAAUAUUUACAGACCGGCCAUCAUCAAGGAAAACACUACACUCGCCGUUAUGGUCUGGAUACACGGCGGAGGCCUUUAUCAUGGCUCCGGAAGUUUGUAUGAUGGCUCGGUAUUGGCCAGCUACAAUGACGUCAUCGUUGUCACCAUUAACUACCGACUUGGUCUUCUUGGAUUCCUCACUAUACCUGGAACCGAGCUCACGGGAAAUUAUGGGAUGCUGGAUCAGGUGAUGGCACUCAAAUGGGUCAAGGAAAAUAUUCGUAGUUUUGGCGGGAAUCCAGAUCAGGUGACCUUGUUUGGCAAUAGCGCCGGUGGCUCGAGUACUGAUCUUCACAUACUGUCGCCCUUGUCAAAAGGACUGUUUCAGAAGACAAUUGCUCAGAGUGGCUUUGCUACCACCGCAUACGUGACGGUUUCGUCUAAGCAUUCCAGAAGAUAUGCCCAUUUUGCAGAUAAGCUUAACUGCAAAGAUAAAAAGCAGAUGUUGAGUUGCUUGCGAAGUGUAACGGUUGAAGAAAUUACCAAAGCCCAAGGUAUUUGUGAUUAUUUGAAACUGGGAAGUCAUUUGCCUGUUCAAAUCGUUGAUGGAGUCUUCCUGCCAGACAAACCCUCAGUGCUUUUGUCACAAGGACGAUUUAACCCUAUAGAAGCUGUAAUGUUUGGAGCUAACAAGGACGAAGGAGUUUCCAAACUCCACGGAGUACAUCCAGAUCCGAACGUUCCUCCUAGCAGAGACUCUUUCCUAAAAACGUUCAACAGUAUAUUCUUCAUGGGCGAGGAAGCGAAUGACAUAACAAAAGAUGCUAUCCUUUAUAAGUAUACCAAUCACACUGAGCCAGACUCAAAGGAAAAUCUUCUUAAAAACUGGAGAGAUUUGAUUACAGACAGCUGGUAUAUCUCCCGUGCUGUGUUUUCGGCUCAAAACUAUGCUAAGGCUGGCAUAAAGACCUACUUAUACCGAUUCUCUCACAACUCAAAAUACUCUACUUACCCACAACCCAUUCCUGGUGUCUACCAUUUUGACGAAGUGCAGUAUAUAUUUGGCGUGCCAUGGAAACAUAACACUUACGUUUCCAAGGCAACGUCUUAUACUGAUGUUGAGAGGGGACUGAGUGCUUCAAUGAUGAGGCUUUGGGCUAAUUUUGCUAAGUAUGGAAAUCCAAGCAACCUUGAUAACGAUUUAACGCCGUGGCCCAAGUACAAUACUGAUAGCCAGGAAUAUCUUGACAUCGACCUUGAACCAAGCAUUAAAAGAAAAAUACGAGCAGAUCACGUUGCCUUUUGGAAUGAUUUUGUCCCUAAACUCAACAACUUCGAUUGCCAUCCAGAUAAAAAGAAAGACAAAAACGCUGCACGUCAGAGACAAGAAUUGUGAAACAAAAAAAAAAGCCAUUAUUUUCCGCUAAAAGUCUAUCGUAUCUUGAUUUUGGUUGUUAUGGGUUCCAUCUGUGAUCGGCGUGCGAGUCAGGCGUGCCCUGAAUUUAAUCAGUCCAAAGGUUGUUUCAGGGCUUCGAUAAAGUUUGAAGAUUCAGAGUUUUUGAGUGAUGUUUAUAAUUGUGAAUGGUCAAUUAAAAGUGCUAGUAUUUUUGCUGAAAAACCAA